ACAUUGCAAAGAAAACCACACAUUCUCUUCAGUCUUCUUGCACCCUUUUGCCUCUUGGCAAUUCAACACAAUGCUCACCACAUCAUCACACAGCAGGCACCACCAUGCAUUUGAGAAGAGCCCUAGCCAACACAUGGUGAAGAACAUAGACAGGAAGCAGCUGCAGGGUGCCAUGAGCCAUGCCAGCAAGUACCUGCAGAGGAUCUACCCUCUGGGGAUCCAGAGGACCAGCUCCAACCUCACACUGUCAUCACUCUCCCUGUCACAGAACUCCAAUGACUCAUCACUCAGUAGCUCAAAUUCUAGCUGGGAGCCAAAGGUCCCUUUGCUGUAUGGUGGCACAUUUAGCCCCUGGGGAGAUGUGCUCAUGUCCUUGGAGAGGAGGAGAGAAGAUGACAAGGUUAGUGAUCAUGAUGUUGAGGGGGAGGAAGAGGACUCUGAUUGCAGUGAGCCAGGGAGCUUGCAUAGGUGCAGCUGGAUCACCAAAAACAGUGAUGAGGCGUACAUUCAGUUCCACGACGAGUGCUGGGGCGUCCCUGUGUACAACGACAAUCGCCUCUUCGAGCUGCUUGCGUUGUCGGGGAUGCUCAUCGACCACAACUGGACUGAGAUACUCAAGAGAAGAGACAUGUACAGCCAUGCAUGGCGAUGGCUGUGGCUGAUCCAUUUCAGGGAAGCGUUCGCCGACUUCGAUCCCAACACGGUGGCGAAGAUGGACGAGAACGACGUCGCCGAGAUCAGCGGCAACAAGGAGCUGAAGCUGGCCGAGUGCAGGGUCCGGUGCAUCAUCGAGAACGCCAAAUGCAUUCAGAAGGUGGGGAAGGAGUUUGGGUCAUUUAGCCGGUACAUAUGGGGGCACGUGAACCACCGGCCGACGGUGGGGAAGUACAAGCACCACAAGUACAUCCCGUUCCGGACGCCCAAGUCGGAGGCGGUGAGCAAGGACCUCGUCCGCCGCGGCUUCCGCCUCGUAGGCCCCGUCAUCGUCUACUCCUUCAUGCAGGCCGCCGGCAUGGUCAUCGACCACCUCGUCGACUGCUUCCGCUUCCCGGAGUGCGUCCGCCUCGCCGACCGCUCCUGGGGCAUCACCAACGUCGCCGCCUGAAUCCUUCGGGGCUUCUUCAGAUCAUAUAAAUUUUACAGGAAUUUUAGAUAAAACAGUUCAAUUUAUCUUUUUUUUCUCUGAAAAUCAUUCAAACCGAAGAGGCCCUAAGAAAAAACCAAACUUUUUCAUCGGCGCUAAGUCGCUGAUCCUCAAAAUUCCCCCACGAUCUUAAACUUUCGUUUUUGUUUGGUUUUCUCUUCGCUCUGUGAAUUGGCGAUGAUUUGUAUGAUGUGCGCUGAACUAGGCUAGUGUUAAGUUAUUUUCCUUUUUUCCUGCUCGCUCCCGCUUGGAAUGUGGUGAGGUGAGUAAGUUAGUGGUUGGUUGGUUUGCAAGAAUAAGUUAAGAAGAUCUUCCUUCUGUUUGGGCUUAACUGGGGUGUUGCAUGAGAAUGGAGCCCACAACUUACAUGCUCACUAGAAUAGGUUGGGUUGCUCCAUGUGUCAUGUGUGGCUUUUCUCUCUCAAGAUCCUUUAGUUUAGUCUAUUUUGUAUGAAUAUUCGAUCAUCAAGACGAGAUGGUAUUUAUUUUUCAUUUGUCAGGUUACCAGAAGAUGUCUACUAUCUGGGUGUACUCACUAUAUCUGUCACUAUAUCUGCCAGAUGAUGGAUAAAAACCAUGGUUGGCAACUUC